CUGUGCGUCCUGCGACUUGCGCUCUUCGUUCUGCGACUUGCGCUCUUCGUCCUGCGACUUGCACUCUACGUCCUGCGACUUCCGCUCUACGUCCUGCGACUUGCGCUCUACGUCCUGCGACUUGCGCUCUACGUUCUGCGACUUGCGCUUUUCGUUCUGCGACUUGCGCUCCAGCUGUUGCCUCACCCUCCCACCCACCACGUCAUCGCCUCUCCCUCCCACCCACCUUUCCAUCGCUACUCCCUCCAACCCCGCCAUCCUCUCUCGAUUCCAGCCCCCCUUCCCCUCUCCCUCCCACUAUGCCGAGGCCUCUCCCUCCCUCCCGCCGUCGCCUCUCCGUUCCUCCCGCCGUCGACUCUCCCUCCCUCCCGCCGUCGCCUCUCCCUCCUCCUCGCCGUCGCCCAUCCCUCCUCCCCGCCGUCGCCUCUCCCUCCUCCCUGCAGUCGCCCAUCCCUCCUCCCCGCCGUCGCCUCUCCCUCCUCCCCGCCGUCGCCUCUCCCUCCUCCCCGCCGUCGCCUCUCCCUCCUCCCCGCCGUCGCCCAUCCCUCCUCCCCGCCGUCGCCUCUCCCUCCUCUUCGCCGUCGCCCAUCCCUCCUCCCCGCCGUCGCCUCUCCCUCCUCCCCGCCGUCGCCUCUCCCUCCUCCCCGCCGUCGCCCAUCCCUCCUCCCCGCCGUCGCCUCUCCCUCCUCCCCGCCGUCGCCUCUCCCUCCUCCCCGCCGUCGCCUCUCCCUCCUCCCCGCCGUCGCCUCUCCCUCCUCCCCGCCGUCGCCUCUCCCUCCGCAUCACGGUCGCCUUUCCCCCCCAUCCGCCGUCGCCGCUCCCUCCUCCCGCCGUCGCCGCUCCCUCCCAUCCCGCCGUCGCCUCUCCCUCGCAUCCCGCCGUCGCCUCUCCCUCCCAUCCCGCCGCCGACUCUGUCGACAGGUCACGAGCAAGCUGGUGCGCGAGUGGGAGCCGGUGCGCGAGCGCGGGUUUGACUCUGCACCGUGA